CCCAGGCGGCCGCGAGGAGGAGGAGGCGGAGGAGGAAGAACCGGAACAUCUGCGACAGCGGGGGGGGAUGGGAACGCCCCCCCCCAGGAUGGCCGAGGGCUGGGCCGACUGCCCCGCGCUGGGCCCGGGGUGGCAGCGCCGCGAAGCCUUUCGGAAAUCGGGGGCCACGAGCGGCCGCAGUGACACCUACUACAGGAGCCCCACAGGGCAGAAGUUCCGCAGUAAGAUCGAGCUGAGGCGGUACCUGGGCCCCGGCCACGACCUGAGCAACUUCGACUUCAAAUCGGGGCUGGAGCGGGCCGGGACCCCCCGGACCAGGAAAGGCCCCAAAUGGCGCCUUCCCGUGGGGCGCCCCCUGAAUCCCCCUGAGACCCCCCGGGAGGAGGAGGAAGAGGGGGGCGGGGUGGAAGCUGAGGAGGCCCCGCCCCUGCUGGUCCAGGCCCCGCCCCUGCCCCCUCCUGCAGUGGUCACGCCUCCUCCUCCCACCGAGCCCACGCCCCUGAUUGCUGUGGCCCCGCCCCCACCCACCGAGGCCCCGCCCCCACCGGAGCCCCCCCUUGUGCGCAGGACCCGCAAACGGAACCCUCCGGAGCCCCCCCAGGACGGGGCUGUGGUUCUCUGUGCCGGCUGCCAGAGCCUCUUCCCGGGGGUGUCCCUGCCCCCCCAGCGCCGCUGCCGCUGGCUCUGCCCCGACUGCCGCGCCCAGAGACGAGACUUCAACCGAGAGCAGCGGUUCUACAAGCGGGUGGGCUGUGGCUCGUGCCAGGCCUGUCGCAUCCCUGAGGACUGUGGCAUCUGCAGCGCCUGCACCCGCAGCCCCCCCGGGGGGCCCCCCGGCCCCGCCUGGCCCCACAAGUGCCUCCUGCGUCGUUGCCUGCGCAUCGUCAAGAAGGGCCUGGGCUGUGGCUCCUGUCCCGGCUGUCUCAGCACCGAGGACUGCGGCAGCUGCUGCAUCUGCCUGAGGCGGCUCCAGCCCGGCCUCAAGCGCCAGUGGCGCUGCCUGAGGCGGCGCUGCCUCCGCCCCAAGAAAUCGAGGGCAGCCAAGAAGACCCAGAUCCCCCAGGCCCUGACAGAGAAGUGGAAACCCUCCAUGGAGCAGGAGCCCAGCGACAACCCCAGCACCAGGCACAGGAAGCCGCUGACCAAGGGCAAGGAGAAGAAGAAGCCUGGCCGACCCCCGAAGCCCCCCGGGCCCCGGCGGGGGGUGAGGAGCAGGGCCAGCCGGCGCUGUGGGGUGUGUGCGGCCUGUCGGCGCCCGGCCGACUGCGGCCGCUGCGACUUCUGCCAGGACAAGCCCAAGUUCGGGGGGCAGAACCUCAAGCGCCAGAAGUGCCGCUGGAGGCAGUGCCUGCGCUGUGCUAUGGUCAAGGAGGACCCUCUGGGGGGGACUGAGCAGGGCCCUGGACCCCUCCCAGGCCCCCCCCUGCGCCUCUGUCCCAUCAAGGAGGAGGUGGGUCCCCUCCCACGCCUCGAGGUGAGAUCCCCCGGCCGCCUGGGACCCCCACUGGAGAUGUGGGGGCCCCCACCGACCCCCCCUGCCCCCCAAGACCCCCGGCUGGGGCUCCUCAUCGCCUCGGCCCCCCGGCUCAAAGGGGCCCCCCCGGAGCCCAGCGUGGCCCCCCCGCCGCCCCCCCCCGGGGAUCUGGGGGUCCUGAUCGCCGCCACCCCCCGCGUGAAGCAGGAGCAGCCCCAGCCCAGCGCGUCCCUGGUGCCGGUGCCCCCCCGGCCCCCCCCGGCCCCACUGGUGGUGCUGAGUGAGAGUGAGGAGGAGGAGGAAGAGGAGGAGGAGGGAGGAUGCCGAGUGGUGAGGACGAGGGGUGCUGCUGGGCUGGGGGAGGGUCCCACGGGUGGGGGGGUCUCACGUGGCUGUUCCUGUACUGGGGGGGUUGCAGAAUUUAGGAGGAGUCUCAAGAAACUUGAGGGGGUCCUGAGGCUCUUAUGGGGUCGUGGGGGGUGCUUGGGAGAGCUGCUGGAGAUCCCCCUCCCCGCGCACUGGGGGGUGGUGGGGGGCGGCCCGGGGGGGGGCCGGGGGCUGCGGCUGGUGCAGCGCUGUCCCCGCUCGCCCAUGGCCGCGGCCGCCGUGCUGCUCAACCCCGGGCUCGCCUUCCGCGUCCUGGUGGCCCGGGGGCGGCCGGUGCCCCCCGGGCACGAGGUGCUGGCCCGGAGACCCCCCCUGCGCUCCGUCCUCGACCUCGUGGAGCUGCUCUGCGACCUCGAGGCCUACGGGCCCUGCCCCGGCCCCCCCGGGGGCCCCCCCGGGCCCCGCUGCCACGUCCUGGUGAGGGGGGGUCGCUGCUGCCGGCCCUGCCUGGCCACGGGGGGGGACUGAGGGGGGAUUGGGGAGGGGGGACCAA